GAGGCAAGGGAUGGCCGCAGCUCAGCGCCCGCCUGCCCGCCACAGGAGCGAGGCGCCAGGGGCCCCUCAGCAAACGUCUCCGCCGCCAUGGGGCUGAAGAAGGAGCUGCUCUUGCUGCUGCUGGCGACGACGCUGCCGGCAGAGCGGAACUGCCAGGGCGCCCCGGAGAGGGUGGAAGCCGCCGCGGGCCUGGAGAGCCCGGGCAGGGGCGAGUACGGAGUGAAACUCUGCGGCCGCGAGUUCAUCCGCGCAGUUAUCUUCACUUGCGGAGGGUCCCGCUGGAAGAGGAUCUCCGCCCCACCGCCGCGGGCAGAGUUUAUUCAAACUGGCAACGAUAAUGAACUGGAGAACAUUAAGUUGCAGUCUGUUUUGGAUCCGAAACUGGACCAGCUACAAACUAUCAGUCAAUCAGCUCAGCAGCAAACACUGAAAAACAUGUUUAAUUUAUAUAACGAUAAUGAAUAUGUCCCUACUUCUGAUAGCUUCAGUGAAUACAUUAACCAAGCAAAAGAUGUGCCGAAAAGCAGAGAUGAAACAAGGCUGGCUAAUUCCAUGGGAUCAAAUUACUUUCUUUGGGGAAAAUACCCUCGAAAAAAGCGUGAUUCUUCUCUUGGGGUGGCUGGAUUGUGCUGCAAAUGGGGCUGUACCAAAACUGAGAUUAGUACACUAUGCUGAGAAUACAAACAUUUAAUGGUUCAACAACCGGAACUCACUGUUUAGUAGCACUGUAACUACCUGAAUACUUUAUUUAGAGGAUAGUUGAUUGUUAAUGUUGUCUCAGUAUCUGAUCUUGUCUUUGUGUUCCUGUUACUAUUCAAAACACUCAACACACACAGUCACUCAAAA